CUCCCAAUGCGAAUAGCUGCACAGAGAAUCUACGGGAUCCGAGCCCGGAUGUGGCGUCUCUGCCAUGUCGCAGUCUCCACGCCGACCUCUUGUCUCCACAGUGCCACAAGUCAUGAAGAGCGCGCUAAGCCCAGGGCGAGCUGCACGAGAUUGUGAGUGGUGAGAGUCCCCUGACUGAGCGGCAGGAGAGGCACGUCGUAUCGUCGUAUCAUGAUCCAGCAUGCCCGUGGUGUUGCUUGUCGCUGAGCCUGUGUGCAUGGCGUCUUUUUUACUGUUCGGUGCCUUUGCAGACAGUUGCUCAGCGCCAGAAGGCUUCAUUGGAGAGGGAACGACUGGAUACGGCCUGCUGAAACACUGCCCAUAGCCCACACCAAUUGAGGCCCCCCAAUGCCACCACCACCACCACCACCAUCCAUCGCAUACGUCCGUCCGUUGGAUCGCCCCGUCGCCGUCGUAGUCGUCGUUAGCAGCUCGGACUUGGUCUCAGCGAGAAAUUGUCAUCGGCCGCCCAGCUAGCACGUUCGUUGCCAGAUUGCGACUUCGCCUGUGUACUUGAAACCUGCAUCCCUCGCCCGCGUGCACGGCCAGCGUUCCGUUCAAUAUAGACAUAUAGAUAGACACCCCCGGAUAUUGCCUCGACACCCUGCCACCCUGCCCAUACCGCACUAUCGCAGCAUAGUAGCCAGACUACUUACCUGACCAUACCGCUCCCUCCCUUGCCUGGCCUCUUUUUACCCUUACGGUCCCUACCUCUCUUCCUUUUUCUUCCCCUUCUUCUUCUUCUUCCAACGUUCAUUCCGUCUGCAUCCUGCCUCACACACUCCUUCCUUUUACCCUCUGCUUCUUCGCUUCCCGCCGUGCGGCUUUGGUCACGACUCAUCACACGCCCGCUACUCGUCCUGUCUGGGAAUCUGUCUCAUUCCGCCCACGUCCUCUGCAGCCUCGCCAAUCUCACACUAUUGGUGCCUUACCUCUGUACGCCUCGCGUUUCAUACUCUGUCCAGCCAAUCCCUUCCCCCUCUCCCUCCUCAUAUAAACGCUCGGCUCCCCCAGGCAUACACAUACUUCCAUAUCACAUAUACUAACAUUAUCUGUUUCCUGUUUACAGCACCACUCAUUACCUCUCUCUCCAAAUAGAGGGAGAAGAUCAAGUAAUAAUAAAUAUAAAAUAAAAUCACUCAGCAACAAUGGCCGACGUCGCCGUUGCCAGCCAGCUUCAGCAAUGGACCUUCGAGAAGCCCCAGGGCACAGAGCCUGAGCGCUCCACCAGUGCAGCAUCCUCCCCAGACCUUUCGCACCGCGAGCCCGAAACGUUACGGAUAGAUGCCUCUGUCGCCAAUGCAAUCAAGGCCGUCUCCGAAAUGGACGGAAACCAGUUCCAGGACAAGUACCUUUCAAGUGAAGAAGACCUCUCGCCCACGGAUGGUAACAGUUCCGACUCGGAAUACGACUACGACUCAGACGUCAGCAUCCACGAGGUCAAAUCAGCAACUUUCAAAGCCAACAGAGUCUCCAUCUCGCGGUGGGACAAGGGUCUGAGCUGCGACAUGGCCGUCUCCGUCUCAUACAAAUCUGCCGGCCGCCCAAAGGUCAUCGAACUCCAGGAAAAGACGGAAAAAACCCAGAGAUCGGCCUCGCUGGCCCAACUGCCCAUUGCAGCCAUCGAGAAGCUCCGAAAGCAGGCACAGGCACAAACCAUGCGCCACCGUUCACUCCUACUCUCCUCCUCGUCAUCCUCAUCGGCCUCGACCACGCGCUCCAACUCGCCAGCCGUCACUGCGACAUCACGCCGCACCACCAUGGGCCCCAACACAUUCCUGAGCAGCAGGUCUCAACUGGAGCUUUCCGAAUCCACCACGUCUUUGCAAUCGGCCCGCUCGUUGCGGAGUGCUUCGCCAUCCGGCAGUGAAUAUUCGGUAUCAUCGCGGCCUGUCAGCAGCGCAGCCACCUUCCAUGCGCCGCCCCGAUCUUCAGUCUAUGUGCAGCGCAACACGAUGCCUUUCCCCCCACUCACGCCGGCAUCGCCCGCAUCGCAUGCAUUCCUCAACUCGGAUCCGUACGAAAACUCUACAACCAACGCAGCAUCGCCAAUCAUCAAGAACGGACCGCCGCACCGACGACUUCGUUCCAUCUCGCAGAAACUUUCGCUCGCCAAGAUUGCCAUUACGCCAUCCACGAAGAAGUGGGACUCGAGGGUGAAUGCAAAGACCGGGAGCAUGCCCCUGACACCAGCCACGCCGUUUACGCCCAGGACGCCCAUGUCAGCGCCCAUCACAACCGAGACAUCGCCCAUGAAGAAGAUUCGCCGCAACUCGAGAAUCCUUCUGUCCCGGCCACCAACACGCGGCGCGACCACGACGCCCGACCUCCCCACCAUCCAUAGCGUGGACCGGCCGCCCGUGCCCCAGCGAUCAAAGACGCAGAUGGUGGCACGUGGCGCCAACGAGCGAGCGCCCACUCUUGAACUCCCGCCAUUCCCCGAUGCCGACCCAACCAUCAAGACACGCCGUAUCCGCAAGCGCAAGAGUUUGAUGGAUUUACUAUAA